GUUAUAGCACAUACACUUUUAAUCUAGGCUGUUCUAAGUCAAUACCGAGAUGAAGCUUACACGCUGCACCUCCGUUCUAACCUUAUUGUUAUUUGCAGAAAUGGUCAUCGGAUCAUGUGACACAAAAUUAGAGUGUUCUCUUCUUGGUGAUCUCCUUGAAAUGACAAUGAAGCAUAAAGAACCAGAUAAUAUCUGUCAGUGUCUGAGAAGCACAAACAUCCCAGCCUUUACAUCAAUACUGACAAAAAUUCAAGUCCUUGGAGCCAAUGAUGCUAUCAAGUUUGACAAAAUUGUCACCAAUAUACGAAAUGGCUACAAUCCAACCACUGGUACUUUCACUGCACCUGUUGCUGGAGUUUACCAGUUUUCUUAUACAGUCAUGUCUCGUGAUGGAAAAAGGCUGGUUGUCUAUCUUUCUCACAAUAAUAUCAAACAACACAGUACAUGGCUGCUAGGUUCUACACAUGACACAGGAACAACCAAUAUUAUAUUAAAUCUGAAGAAAGGAGACCAAGUUGCAGUUAAGUCCCAUGGCAGUUAUACUGUUCACAGCAACAGUGACUUAUAUAGCUCAUUUUCUGGCUAUCUCAUAGCAAAAUAAAAGAAACUAUAUUGUCA